AUGGAGACCAUCAAGAACGCCGCCAACUACGUUUCCGAGUCUGUCCAGCAGGCCGGUGCCACCGCCUCCAAGGAGACCAACAAGCAGGUCGCCAAGGACGACAACGUCUCCAUCGGCAACCGUGCCUCCGCUGCCAAGGACGCCGUUGGCGACAAGAUCGACGAGUCCAAGCACGACUUCAAGAGCGAGGGAUACAAGGAGCAGGCCAAGCACUAA